CCCUAAACUCAAAAUAUGGGUAUGUGGACCAGUCCAUUGAAAAUUCCACCUUUAUUCCCCCAUACCCAAUAUUACACUUCUCAAAAGCCUAACAACAAAAACUAAACCCUUACAAAAAUAAAAUUUCCCUCUUUUCCACAACCUUCCUUCAAACCUCUCCAAGCCUUGAAACCCCCUCUGGUUCCAAUUUUCCAUAAUAAAAACCUCGUCUUUCCUCACUUCCAAAGUGAUUUUCUUUUUUUAAUUUUUUUAUUUGAAGUAAUAGAAUCAAACAGAUAGAAAUAAUAUAUUAUUUUGGGUUGGAAGCUACUAUUACUGAUUAUCCUCAUUAACAUUUCUUGAUGUCAAGCACCCAUUUUUCAUUAAGGUAUGGUAAGUGGUAGUAACCAUAUUCAAAACCAUAACCACCAUGAAAAUGGGGAGAAAAACCCAACUUUGGGAGGAGCUUCUAGGUCGUGGGGCACGACCGUUUCCGGUCAAUCCGUUUCGACUAGCGGUAGUGUUGGCUCUCCCUCGAGCCGGAGCGAGCAAGCUAUGGCUACACCAGCUAGUGAGAAUACUUUCUUAAGAUUGAACCAUCUUGAUAUUCACGGAGAUGAUGCUGGAUCUCAAGGUGCUGUUGGUAGUAAAAAGAAGAAGAGAGGUCAACGUGCAGUUGCAGGUGAUAAGAGUGGCAGAGGGCUCCGCCAAUUUAGCAUGAAAGUUUGUGAAAAGGUGGAAAGCAAGGGAAGAACCACAUACAAUGAGGUGGCAGAUGAACUUGUAGCUGAAUUUGCUGAUCCUGGCAAUAGUGUAGCAUCACCAGAUCAGCAACAGUACGACGAGAAAAACAUCCGCCGAAGGGUUUAUGAUGCUCUGAAUGUUCUAAUGGCAAUGGAUAUUAUAUCUAAGGAUAAAAAAGAAAUACAGUGGAAGGGACUUCCUCGUACUAGUCUGAGUGAUAUUGAAGAUUUAAAGACUGAACGGCUUGGGCUGAGAAAUAGGAUUGAUAAAAAGGCUGCCUAUUUGCAUGAAUUGGAGGAACAGUUUGUAGGUCUUCAGAAUUUGAUACAACGAAAUGAGCAACUAUACAGCUCAGGCAAUGCUUCCGGUGGGGGAGUGGCUUUACCUUUCAUCCUGGUGCAGACACGCCCUCAUGCAACUGUUGAGGUAGAAAUAUCGGAAGAUAUGCAGCUGGUGCAUUUUGACUUUAAUAGCACUCCCUUUGAGCUCCACGAUGACAAUUAUGUUUUGAAGGCCAUGAAAUUCUGCGAGAGACCACAGACCGAUGAAAUGGCACACAAUUUUUCUGCAGAUGGUGAAGGUUCUAGCAUGUCUGCAAUGUACCAGCAACAGAUCCUUGCUCCCCCAAGGACAAGCACACCAGGUAGGCCUCCUACAUCCCCGCCUCUGCCGGGAAUAUUGAAAGCUCGAGUUAAGCAUGAACAUUAAUAGUUGAGUUUCAUGACAAUUGCCGAGAGACAAUCUAUUUGUACAUUGUGUAAAGUAAAUUGCCAGAAGCGUGCCCUGUAAGAUGAGCCUCACCUCAUAAUAUGUUACCCCACAUUAAGCCUGAGGCUUUUGGAGGGUGUCUUUCUAUUUCCUGGCAAGUCGUCAGCUUUUACAUCAACAUAAUUUGCUCAUGUAUUUGUUUUAUUCUAUUUCCCCCACUGUAGUAGAAAUUAGCUUUAUUUGUAUUAGACGGUAGAGAUUGUUGGCUGCUGCAUAAAGAAUUAUAUAGAAUGAACUAGUUUUUAAAA